AACUCAACAUGAAGAUGACGUUUAUCUCUUGGCAACUGAUCGGUGACGAUGAUGUUUUGUUCAGAAAAUUUUGAAGGCUAAGAUUGAAGAUGGAUUGGUCGUCGGCGCUGACCAUGUAGCGCUACUGCUACUGCUCUCCAAUCACCUCUUCUCAUCUCACCCGAAUCUGGAAAUGGAGUGCCACGUUCUACGUGGCUUUACUUUCAGAUCACUCCACGUCAACCGCCGUCUCGUGGUGGGAAAUCGUCGCCGGCGAAAGUUCCCGUGCCACCUCAGCUUCUCCGUCCGCUGCGGUCAAAUCCCGGCCGAGAAUGGCGGCGCCGUUCGCGGCACGAAGAGGCGAGAAGUGCUCGUCACCUCAUUAAUCGCCCUCGGAGCUAGCGUGCUCCGGACGGCAGUGGCGAGAGCCGACGAUGAUCCCCCGGAGAGCGCCCCCGCCACGGCGACGGCGACGGAGGUUCUAGAUCCGGCGCCUGCUCAAGCGGAGAAGGCGGAGGAGAAGAAAGAGGAGGUGAUAAAUUCUAGGGUUUACGACGCGACGGCGAUCGGAGAGCCGCUGGCGGUGGGGAAGGACAAGAGUAAAGUGUGGGAAAAGCUUAUGGGUGCUCGGAUUGUGUACCUCGGAGAAGCCGAGCAAGUCCCUACCCGCGACGACAAGGAAUUGGAGCUUGAGAUUGUGAAGAGUUUAAGGAAGAGAUGUGCUGAAGCAGAAAGGCCAAUUUCUUUGGCUUUAGAAGCUUUUCCCUCUGAUCUUCAAGAACAACUCAAUCAAUUCAUGGCUAAAAGUAUUGAUGGAGAAACCUUAAAAUCUUUUGUAACACAUUGGCCAUCUCAACGAUGGCAGGAGUACGAACCUCUGUUAUCUUACUGCAAUGACAAUGGAGUUUGCCUAAUUGCUUGCGGUUUACCCCUCGAGGUGCAACGAACAGUGCAAGCAUUAGGUAUUCGAGGGCUUUCUAAAUCCGAUCGGGACAAGUAUUCUCCUCCUGCUGGUUCAGGCUUCAUCUCGGGGUUUACUCCAAGGUCCCACAGAUCGUUUAUUGAUGUGAAUUUGCCUCGUACGUCUGCUCUGUUUGGACCAAGAUCGUAUCUUUCUGCACAGGCGAGAGUCGUUGAGGAGUACAAUAUGUCUCAGAUUAUAUUACAAGCCAUGGAAGACGAUGGAAGUGCGGGUUUGCUUUUAGUUAUCACGGGUGCCACCCACGUUACUUAUGGAUAUAGGGGGUCUGGGCUGCCCGCCAGGAUUUCGAGGAAGGUGCAAAAGAAAAAUCAAGUUGUCGUGUUACUGGAUCCCGAGAGACAAGAAAUAAGGAGAGAGGGAGAAGUGCCUGUUGCUGAUUUUCUGUGGUACUCUGCAGCUCGACCUUGUAGUAGGAACUGUUAUGAUCGUGCUGAAAUUGCUCGGGUGAUGAAUGCAGCGGGGAGGAGGAGAGACGCCUUACCCAAGGACCUCCAACAAGGACUAGAUCUCGGUCUGGUAUCACCGGAAGUGCUGCAGAACUUUUUCGAUCUAGAGCAAUACCCUGUUAUUUCAGACUUAACGAAGGGUUUUCAGGGUUUUAGAGAGCGAUUGUUGGCAGAUCCCAAAUUUCUGAAUCGAUUAGCUAUCGAAGAAGCUAUAUCGAUAACAACCACGCUCUUAGCACAGUAUGAAAAGCGUAAAGAAAAAUUCUUGGAAGAGAUUGACUAUGUUAUAACAGAUACUGUCAGAGGAACUGUCGUAGACUUUUUUACGGUGUGGCUUCCCGCCCCCACGAUUUCUUUCCUACCUGCAGCCAGCGAUGCUAACAUGCCCGAAAGCAUCGAAGCGUUAAAGGGUCUCCUCGGUUCCAUCCCGGAUAAUGCGUUUCAAAAAAGCAUUGCAGGGAAGGACUGGGGAUUGAGCCACCGAGUUGCGUCAGUCAUUGUUGGCGGUCUUAAACUCGCCAGCGUUGGAUUCAUUUCGAGUAUCGGAGCAGUGACUUCUUCCAAUAUCUUGUUUGGAAUGCGUAAGAUAAUAAACCCGACUCUUGCUAAUAAGACGCAACAAAACAAAAGAUCUCCCGUUCUGAAAACAGCGCUCGUGUAUGGAGGCUUUCUUGGAACAUCAGCAAAUCUUCGGUAUCAGAUUAUUGCAGGAAUUAUAGAGCACCGGAUUUCUGACCAAUUCUCCGACCAGACAUUACUCGUAAAUAUGCUGUCUUUUGUUGCUCGUACGAUCAACUCAUACUGGGGCACCCAGCAAUGGAUAGAUCUUGCGCGGUUUACAGGGCUGCAACCACGCCAACCACCACGAAAGACUGAACCCGACUCCCAGCUUACUCCAGAUUCUGCAAAUCGCACUGCAGUCGAAUGCAGCCCCAUGGAUGAUACACAUACAGAUGAAAGAAAUGAAACCAACAACCAGUAGUUCCAUUUUUUUUAGGUUUUCUAGCGCCAUAAUCUGUAGUUUUUGAUUGUUUUGUUGUAUAGUGUUUACCUGUGAUAUGAAAUUUAUAGACUUGUAGUUUUCUCAGAAUUUUGAAGUGUAUACAGACUUUAGAUGCAAUUGUAAAUUCUUUAAAACAA